GACAUCAGCCGGAGCUCGGCUGCUUUCCUCCAGGAGAACCCGGAGGAUCCGCACACACACAUCCAGCAGCACGGGGAGAGGACGACGGCUAAAAACUGCGCUUCAAGGGGGUUUGUCGCUUUAUUUAUGGGACUAAAAAGGACUUCUUCAUCUCUGCGAGGUAAGCCGACAUUUCCCCAUUGUCGUCACCUGUUAAUGCAUCUGUUGAAAGGUUCUUUUUUUCGUGUUUUUGACUCUAAAAAGUGAGUGAAUUGUUGGAGUUGCUCCACCUGGGAGCGACGGUUUCCAUCCUGGAGCCAAAGAAUGAGCUGCAACUUUUCCCUGUGGAUAUCCAACCCCAGAGCUGCUUUUUCUCUGGAGUCUUACGCUAAGAUAAUAGCGGGUAAUCGAGAGCAGACUGGUGUAGUUUGACUUGUCAGUGUCUGGUCUGGGUUCAGACUGUAACGGUUUGGCUUCAUUCCUCUCUUAUUUUCUGGUAUCUCUGUUUUUUGUCGGACCAUUUUUCAGCCUCUGUCUCUCUCUCGCUGUGGGUGUAACUAUCAGAACCUGCUGUUCCUCCACAGUGAGGGCUGUUUCUCUGCUUUUUUAUGUCGUUAAUGUCAUCAAAAGUGGUUGUAAGUGAAGCCCUGUAAGUUUAAAAAACAGACAAAGCGUUGUAAAGCUGUUACAGAUAUCAUUAGGUUUCUAACUGUAAUGGUUAUUACCCUCUGAUUAAUCGGUCAGACUCACUGUAAUGCUAAUGCUUUCUGUUUCACGGUGGUCUGUCUGCAGCUGUGGUGGGGGCACGGUGUGAAGGAUAAGGGGUUUGUUUUGGGUCUCUGGUUGCCAUGGCAAUAAAUAACAUCAUCUUUAUAAUCCUAACAACAACACCCUAUGUUUGCAUAAAAGCAGAUCAAAAAUACAAAGUGUUUUCACUUAGAGGUGUUUAGUAUCUGCAGAAAAUUUCAUUUAUUCAUUAUAUUAAUACAAAGGGGCAUUUUUCAUAUUUGUCCUCAUAAGCCUUAGGUUACUUAAAGAAACUUGUCAUCUUAGUCAUGAUAAAAACUCUAAUAUUAGAAACUUAUACAAUUGUAAGCAUAAGGAAUUCAUGUGAUUUUAUUACUCAUUGGCCUACAGAUACAAUCACAGUCAUCCAAACUUAAGGCAGCAGAAGAAAAACAUUUCACAACUUAAGGUCCUUAUAGAACGUGAAAGUACGAAAUAUCUAGAAACGUCAUUACACGCUCAGCCAAACGGUCAGCACUUAUAGCCAAUCAGAGGCAAUAAGAUAAGCACAUCAAACUAUUGUUAGCUUACGUCAGCACAGAUGAAAGUUAAAACAAAGACGUUGAGCAAACUGUUGAAGCACACAAACUAUCGUCAUAUGAGAUCCGACGCUACGACUCUCCACAAGUUGUCCUUCAGGUCGUCAUCUUUGUAAUGUGGAAGAUGUUUUCCAACACAUACACAAUCAGCCGGUCGGCCAUGUUGGAUAAACCGGUGACCCUGACAUCGCAAAAACACGCAAUCUGAUGGUCAGAAGUGGACACACAGUAUGCAAAACUUUUAAAAAUCGAUCAUGAUCCGAAAAAAUAAAUGCCACAAUAUCACAGAAUGGGGAAAAUGUCAGGAUACGGGUGCGAAAAAAAAUAUUGAUGUCCGAAAUAAUUGCACAACAAAACCAGUCCCGGUGUGAAAGGACCUUUAAAAGAAAACUUUGACACCUAAAAAAACUAUUUUUGUGUGUGUGAAACUCCAAGGGUGGUGAUGUGAUAUUACUUAUAUUAAGCAGGCAGGAGGAGGACCCAACUGAGCAUGUGCAGAGCCAGUGUCAGAGCUACAAUUUGUUUAUUGUUUCAGAUAUUGAGUGUGUUACAACUGCCUCUGGUCUUCCCUACUAUCCCAAUUCCUGACAGGAAAAUAAUCUGCUAUAAAGAAAUGUCUAUUUUUAAAGGUUAAAAAGGGACACAAAAUCAAUAAGGACAAGGUUUUCAUGUAUUUAAGGGUGGAAAAAGUAUGAUUCAGCUCCCUUAUUUUCAGGAGGUUAGUGCAGAAAUUUCAUGCAACAGGAAAAAUAUUUGGAUAAUACCAAAAGAAAUAAGUUUGUAUGUAGAUUUACAUAUUUUAUUUGAUUGUAUUGCAAUGUCACCUUAAGUUGCAUUUGGAGUAUGGGUGCAUUGUUUUCAGUUUAAUAUACACAGAGGCUGGAACCGAAUCUACUGUUAUAGUAAAUCAAACCAUUAAUUUGUUCACAUACUUGAUUGUUUUUUGUUCUCAAAAGGGCAUGUUGUGAAAAGCAGAUGUGGUAAAUGUCGGGUUUUCUAAAGAACUUAAUAAAUCUGGACCGAUCUCCUGAUUUAAACUUCUCAGUUUUUCAGGUUGUAAAGUUUUAAUAUAUUUAAAUGAUCCUCAAAAGUUCAAAUUUGCCAAGAAGUAGGGCUGCCAAGUGUUCUCUAAAUAUCAAACAUAAUGUGUGUUCUUAAACUUGAUGACUCCUCUAUCAUUAAGAUUUACCCCCUCAUUCAUUGACUUUAAUGUUAAACCUCUUAUGCAGCUUAUUUGUCUUAUUAUUCUGAAUAACCCUGCUGAGGUCAGAAUUACUGACAUGUAAUUGUGGUUAUAAAGAGAACAGCCAUGCAGCUUUAGUGAAGAGGAGGUGAAGUCGAUGUCUGACAGCAACAUGCUGCGGUGAGAAGUUGGCGUUUUAAACCUGCUGUUCAAGAGGAAGGGAAAUCUGUUUACUGUGAUUCUUCGACUACAACAUCAAACUUCACCUUUGACCCAGCGUAGCUACUAUUUUUCAGCGCACAUAGUUUCCUGCAUUGUGUGUUUUUAAAAGCCAAAUACUGAAGUUACUGGUUCCCUUUAUCCCGUUCUUACUUUCAGAGCGCCAGCUCAACGUGGAGAUCUCGGUUGGCUGAUCAUUUAGGUCUGACAUGUAUCACAGCUGAUAAUGUUUGAAUGCAGAAGACUUAAUGAGCUUCGUAUAGGAACUGAGUUAUCAUCAUAAGCUGAAUAUAAGCUACUGCUCAUCUGCCUCAGGCUAACACAUCAGCUGCAGCUUGCGGGCAGCUGCUAACUAGUAUGAUUUGUGGUUUUCUGACUCCGUUGUGGUAUGAAAUGAGGAUAUCAAACUCCAGCUGUUUUCUUUUUUUUUUGACCAUGGAUGAAUAACUUUUUACACUUUCAUUAGUAUGUGGAUGUCCAAGUAGAGAAAGAGAGAGGGACAGAGGGGUGUGGGGUGGAAUGAGGUAAAGGGCCACAGGCUAAAGUCGUACCCAGUGUUGCCACUGUUGCUGCAUUUAUGGUCUCAGUUUGUGAGUAAAGAAGUUGGUCCUCUGAUUUGCUGCUGUUGACUGCUUUAUUGAAUGACUUUAAACUGGAUCUUAAGCGUUUGUGUUUGUUACUUAUCGGGUUCGUUUAUCCUUUAAGCACCAUGUUGCUUGUGUUACAUUUCAACCCCGGGACUAAUUACCCUCUAUUAUGCAAUAGCAUUAUUCAUUGUUUGUACAAUGCCUGAGCUGGGAUGAUGAAAAAAGCCCGCGCAGGUUUAACUGAUGAAUCUGAAAGUAUGUUAUCACUGUCUGUGGUUGAGCUCAUCUCUUUAUAGUUAACGCUGGCUCACAGCUGGAGCUGAAUACUCCUCAUUGUUUGAAUGAGUUCAUGUGACUUCAGAUACCCUCACCCUCCCCACCCUCUCCUCGCCUGCAGGGGUGAACGUGCGUCUCCUGGCGUGGCGAGGCACAGUUCCAGCUGAUUACAGCAAAGUUAUGACAGGAUGUGCACGGCUGGAGCUGGCAUGAGGCUGGUACCCCCUCCCCACCCAACCCUGACCUCAUACUGAGGCCACCCUGUCAGAUUUACAUGACUGAAGGCGCCCAUUAUCCCCGCAGUGACUCAUACAGGAACUAUAGUUCACCUCCUUCAUGCUCCAUCAGCUGGGGCUCAGACGAGUGACCGCUCACUGGUCUGAGAGUCGUCUCCACGUGUUCCCAAAGACUAAAAUAACUUUAUCAGUUUGUUUUUCACGAACUGCUUGAACUGAUUGUUCAGUGACAGGAUGUCAAUGUUAACAUCCCUGCUCCUGUUGGUUUUAGCUGCUGGUUCUGUGACCUGAAAGCUGAAAAGUCUCUCAGUCAGUUUGUUGUUUUGCUUUUAAGUGGAAUUAGUGGUUUCGUAAAUUUGCUUAUUUGCAAAACUGCAUGUAAUGUGGAAAAGCAGCCUUAGUGGGUCAAAGCUGCAGCAACACCUAAAGCGCCACAGUACUGGAAAAACUUUUUGAAAGAUUUUUUUAAUAUAUAGUUUAGUUGUAUAGACUCCAGUGGAUGAACCCUUCUGCCUCUGGAUGGUAGGGCUUGGUAGGGAUAGUGUUAAUGACUCGACCCUGAAGUCUUCCCAUCAAAUUUUGGGUUAUGAUUUUACCUCACAGGACUCACUGCGCUGACCUUGGCUGCUUUGGGUGAAGAGGAGGAUGGCAGCCCUGCAGCAGCUUCAGUUCGGACAGAGUUGUUUUAAGCCCCAGACAGUCAAAGAGUCUUCAUUCUGGCUUGAUUUGAUGCUCAUUGCUCAUGGAGGUUGUUUCCCACAUUGCAAGAAUUCACUUUGCAUUGAAAACUGCAUUAUGCUUCAUCUCUGUCUUCAGCUUUGAACCUCCUCACAUGUUCAUCUAUAGCCACAAGCAGCUGACCACCAGGAAUCUUCCUCAUGUUUAGUACCUGUUGGUUUUUUCAAUAACUUUCAGUCUGUACAUGUGUGUGUGUGUGUCAUCGAUUUAAUAACCAUGAACUGACCCUCAAGACUUAAUUGCAGACUCAAUCAUUCCAAAAGUUAUUGAUUUUCUGGUUUUGAAUAAUGCCAUCUGGGUAUUUAAUAGACCCAGGUAUUGAUCCUCAUCCAUAAUUAAAUAAGAGCCGUGAAGUUGUUGUGCAGUUUAAAAUCUGAAGUGAUUUCAAUAAUUGAUGACUUUUUAAGUAUUAAAACAGUCAUUGUGGUCUCUGUGCCAGGUUUUCUUGUACUUGUAACAACUUUGCAACUUGGAAAAAUGGGUAUUAUCAUGGUGCUCCUACUUAAAACCCUGUAGUUGUUUCCUUUGUCUCCUUGCACCAACUUUGAAGUCUCUGUGAACUACGUCACUGAUCAGAAAUGUUCACCAGUCUCUGAACACAUUCCUGGAUCUGUAGAUGAUUAAAAAAACAAAAAAAAAGUUUCCUUCAUUAGUUUAAGAUUUCUGUUUUUUGAUCAAGCUUCUGAGAAAAAGCAAAGAGAGUAGAGUGUGUGUGUGUGUUUGUGUGUGUUUGUGUGUGUGUGUGGUGGGGUCAGGGCAGACGGCUGUUAGUGUAAUGCUUUUGUUUCAUGCUUCGUGACAGGACUGGUAACACGGCGCUCGGCCCCAUGAAUUUCCUGAUAAAGCUCAGACUGACAGUUUAACGUGAUCUCUAACCUCAGCUUUGUCGUCUGGAGAAAGAGAAUUUGUCCUUUUUUCCCCUCCUGCUUCACUUGAAUAAUACAUGAUUUCAUUUGGGGGCUCUGCAUUCCUCACAUUCCUCUUGUGUCCGUCCUGCAGCUCCUGCUCCUCGGUGUUUAUGUUGUCUACUGGAGGGACGGACGGACGGACGGGGCUGCAGCUACUUCACGCUCACACAAAACCCUCUCUGCUGCAGAAUAUCUGACUGAUAAAUAUAUGUUUAAGUUUAAUUAGCUCCUGGCUGACAGAGGCAGGCGGUCUGCAGAUGAAAUGUUUAACAUGCUGAGUUUAGUGCCCCCCAGCCAGCAGCAGAGCACUCAGGGGAGAGUUUGGAAUCAACAAACAGACCGAGCAUCCUACAAACAGAUUAGCGCUCUGAAGAGGAGGCUGUUUGUGGGUUUGUGUUUGUCUGACUGUCAGGAGUCUGCAGCCCGAGGGCCAAACAACAGAAAUGAAAAUGUCUUCUUUAGGGGAGCAAAUCUGGAUCUGAUGAGUUCUGAAAUGGAGCAGAAAACUGAGCUGAAAGGAAGAACUUUACCCGAGUUAAUUGUUGGAAAACUGCAGUUUUGGUCUUUCAUAACCUACUGAGCUCUCAUUAUUUAACAGUGCAGAUUAAGUCAUUCUUUAAAACUGAUUUUGGUACAUAAUCCACACAGUGAUUUAUGAUUUUGGCUUUUUGGCUGCAGCUUUGCAGGUGAGGAUUUUGUUGUUACAUGAACUCAAGAGCUACAACAAAACUUUGACAGAUGUGGGCCAUCUCAGCUCAGACUGCGGCUGCAUCAGAUUUUUCUCUUUCAGACAGCCUUUUCAGACUUUUAUUCAAUGCUUUUGCACUUUGGCGGGCAGCAGUGUGAGCAGGCGGACUGGACAAACACGCAGGAGAGACUCGACACAAAAGACCACCACAAAACCACAAAGAUAAAUGCGGACAAAAGAUGAAAUCUGUCCUUCAACCUUUUUUCAUUUUAGAAAAGUGACAAAUCAACCCGUCUGCUGUUUCUCCAGGUCUUUUGAACCAGUCACCUAAAUGUCGGACCAAUCAGAGAGGAGCUCUGUAAUCAGUGUCACUCUGACUCAGGUGGAAUCAAUCAACAGCUUAUGCUCAGCUGUGUUUUGUCCCUCAAAUUCACAUCCGUGUAGUGGUAAAUCCUGAAGCCUAUUGGAAAUGCUUCUUUCUUUACGUGAAAUGUUUUAGCAGCAGAUGUUACUCUUUGCUUUGUCAGUGAAAUUUAGCCAAACCUAAGAUCACUUGUAGUCCAUGAUCCUCUCUUCACAGCUAGAGGAACCUGUCAUCGUUUCUGCUCUUUUCUUUUCUUCCCCGUUUGUCUGGAUGUUUUAUGAUUUUGGAGAAGUUGACAGAGUUGUUUUAGCUUCUAGUAAAUUAAACUUCUUGAUUGAAUGAGUGAGCGAAGCUGAGCUCAGAUUGCUGCCGCUAAGGUAGGGCUGGGCGAUAUGGCCUCAAAUCAAUAUCACGAUAUAUUGAGCAGUUCACCUCGGUAACGAUAAAUGGAUGAUAACUGCUCCGAAAGCUGCUCACCCCCUCUCACAUUAACUUCGUCUACUUCAGCCGCCGCUCCAGCUGAUGCAGGGUUAUAUAAAACGCAGCUUAAUUAGUUUUGGUUUUCAGGCAGGUCUGACAAAGCACAAGGUCUGGGAUGAAGUUCCCACCCCCCUGAGUAACUAAAUAGUUUGCAAAGAACAGCAUGCUGACGCUGUUGACUAAGACUUUAAAAAAUAGUAGCACUGUAUUCAUUAAACUUACCAAGUUGGCUGCUCCUGAAUGUAAAACGUCAACAAAUCAGUGGAUUUCAUCAUCUAUUAGGGCUGGGCAAUAUGACCUUUAAAUCAAUAUCACGAUAUAUUGAGCAGUUCACCUGGAUAUGAUGAAUGGACGAUAACUACUCUGCAAGCUGCUCACCCUCUCCCACAUUAACUUUGUCUACUUCAGCCGCCGCUACAACUCUUUAACCGUCCUCUCACCUGUCUUUCCCUCUUUGUUACAAACUCAAUGGGUUGGAGUCACGUCUCUGUCAUAGGACAGCCUCUUAAAGGGACAUGUGACCAUAGCCUACCUACACACAUCCAAAACCGAUUUUUAUUGAUUUAUUUAUUCGACGCCAAAUGUACCGAUAUGGGCAAAAUGACAUCAAAUAUGUCAUGUUAAUAUGUCAAUUUUCAGUUUAUCGCCCAGCCCUACACUAAGGACUUUGUAAAGUAAAGAUGUCAUCAGUAAAACAGGAGCUUUGUUGCAGAGAGUAAGACCCCAGUUCUGUGGGUCUUUGAGACAGUUUGUGUCCCCCACAGCUCUCUCUGCCCGUGAACGGGACAUCUGCUUUUCUCUCAUUAUCUCAUGAAUUCACACUCGAGCUGAUUCAGACUCUGUGAGCUCACCGAGGCAACGCUCAUCAGCUGUUCAGGCCUCGCUCAGAGGAGGAAAAACAGACGACUCGGCAGGUUUGAGGCUCUAAAUGAGGGAAUCAGAUCACUUUAACUCCUCAGUCUGUUCCCAUGAAGUUACAGAAGGUAUCCGGUUUAUCAUUCUGUGACUGUUUCAUUGACGCUGUGAUCAUUAAGUCUUUGCAGCAUAAUCAAAAACUUUCUUAUUACAACGUUUAAACUUCAGGAGUUUGAUCCACCAAUUAUAAAUGAUGCUCAGUGUGCAGUCGCUACAUCGCUCUCAGUGUGAAAUGAUGUCCGUCUGUCUCUGCAGCAUCUCCCAGAGCUGCAUUAAGAUGAGAACAAUGUGUCGAAGGCGGUGCUUUGAAGGAAAUGUUGGCGGCGGGAGGAGUCAGCAGAGAUCGGCCUCUCAUCACAAAGGCAUUUCCUCCUUAGCCACUUCCUGUUCAGGAGCGUUGGUCCUUAAACUCCUGCAGAGGCUUCAACACGGAGCGGUCUGUGGUCAGCAGGAGGCUUUUAUUGCAGCGGGGUGACUCCGACCUUGUGAAGUGACAGGGUUUAUGAAUGCUCCUCCUCUGCCGUCUGUUUCCUGUGUGGAUCCUCUGAAUAUUUACAGACUGUUAAUGUAUGACAGUAUAAACUCCAGUGAUGAUUCAGCAGGAGGAGGAGAGCGCUGUUUGAGGACAUGAACCACGACCAAACAUAAUCAAACAUAAGCCCUUCUUCUGCAAAUUCUGCAAAUUCUCCAGAACUAUUUAUAUUUGCUGAUGCAGUGAAUAUAUAUAUAUAUAUUUUUUAAACGGUUCAAGACUGAGGCAGAGGAAAGAAAAUUAACAGGUUGAAAUAUUUAAUCAGAAAUGUGAAAGAGUAAACCACAUGUUUGUUAUCAUGUCGCUCCACCUUCCUCUGUUUGCAUCCAGCUUGUCAGCUUUUGCAUGUUGAAGACACAGACCAAGAAAGCAGCUUUUUAUUUACUUUCCAGCCAGAGAGUCUGAUUUGUUUUUUGCUGUUAGACAGAAUUAGUAAGAAUGAUUCUAAAUUGAAUCAUUUUUUGAAGAUUUUUGGACAGUUCAGCUGAUUAUCAUUUGCCAUCCAACAGUCAAAUGUGAAAUUGUUAAAUUAAACAUCUUCAGCCGUCCUACUCUUCCUCCUUCCUCUGCUAAGCAGAGGAAGCACUGAUUCUGCUCUGCUCUGGACCCCAGUAGCGCAGACCCCAAUCGAUAUCUUUAAACGUAGCAGAAUCCCCGCUACAGCUGCGAUGUUUAUUUAUUUUCAAUCUCUCCACCUUAUUGCGAUAUAAAAGAACGAUGACUCACGCUUGUUUACCGUGCUGCUGUGUUGUUUCCGCCGACAGCGACACACAGAGAGGUGAGUUUUUCAGGGCAGGGGAGUGAAUCUUCCUUCAGGACUUGGCAAAUGAAUGACAUGUGUCACCCAGUGAAUGAUGCUGUGACUUCAGCAGCAGGGGAGGGGAGGGGCUUGUUCAAUGAACGAACUCGCAGCUGUGUCACUCACUCGUGUACUGCACCGGCAGGACGGGGCUCUGAAGCACUGACUGAUUCAGUGAACGAAUCUUUUGAACGAAUCCUUUUAAUGAACAGAUUGUAAAGAUUCAGUACAGUCAACAGAACUGUUCUUCCCAUCACUAGACCCCAGCGGUCUUUGCUGAUGCUCUGCCUGCCUCAAUUCUAGCUUUCCCUUUAUGUGCUGUACCUAAAAUGGUGUGAUACUUGAUCAUGACUUAGACAGAAAAAUAGGAUGAUUGGUCAAUUUUAGGGGAAAAGGCAAUAAAUGCUGAAACUAACUUGACAAUAAAAUAUGCACAGCUCAGUUGGACUAGCACCUUGUUUUCAAACUACCUUACAACUUCUCAGAGAGACUAAUAUUUGGUAAAUAGUUAUCGUUCAGACACUUAUCUUUCACUCUGGAUGAAUCACUUUCCUCAGUUAUUAUCAGCUUAUCUGACGUUCAGAAAGCCUCAGUUUGAGCUCUGAAUCUAGAGGUUUCUAUCUGAGGCUGCAGUUCCAGCAGAGAGGUGAUCCCCUCUGACGUAGUAGCUGAUCAGAGAUGUUUUGUAUUUUGUAAAUCAGUGAUAAAAAUAUCUGGCGUGCACAUGCUCAUGCGCACCCACAAACAGGAAGUGACUGUCAGCAUUAAGGGAUCAGGAUGGAUGACAGCUUCAUCGCUGUCCUCCUCUGCAGGGACGCUGAAUGAAGACUGUUCUUUAUUUUAAGCACGUACACCGCUCUGAGAUGAAGUGUACUAAUCGGCUUACCGUGUCCCAGUGGGGUCAAGGCUCUUCCGCCACCCACGACCACAACCAUGACCACAUCAGGACCUGGACAGGAAAUGAGAGAGGAGAGUUAGAGGAGGGCAGACAUGAUUGGGAUUUAAUAUUCAUAGCUUUGGUUUAUGUGAAGGGAGUCCCAUCAAUCUGACGCUGCACUUUACACAACACAUCCUCUUCGUCCUCCUCUUCAUCCUGCAGACGGUCUGAGGGUGUGAGGGUCGGCUGACGGAGGAUGUGCGGUUGUAAACGUCUCAGCAGAAAGAAGCACAAACAAAAGAAAUGAGUAAAUGUUCUCCUCUCAGGCUGCAGACUCUUCGUCUGCAGCGGAGUUUAUUAGAAAGUCUGGAAGUCUCUUCAGUUUUCAAUUAUUUAAGGUUUUGUCUCUCCUCUCUCUCUCUCACACACAGCUGCAAAACUUUUUAUUUGUUUGGAGGGUUUGGAGUCAAAGAGAAGUCAGUCUGUACUAAAGAAUCAAGGUAGAGCCGUAGUCUUACAUGGACUGGUGUAUUCUGGUUUCAGAAUUGACUAUCCUCAUUUUGUGUUUGUACAUUUUAACAUCAUAUCCUGAUAUUUUGGGAUGUUUACACCAACCUUACCCAAAUUUCUGCACAGGUACAGCCUCAGACAGAUGAUGCAUCAGCAAAACAACAUAGCGGUAGCGACGACAGCACCUUACUUCUGGUAGAGAGACUGAGUUUUGCGCUGUUGCAUCUCUUUAUUCGAUGAAAAACCAGGUUUCCAUGUGUGCAUGGAAAAACCAUGUCCUCGUUGGGAUCCAAAUCAGGACUAAUGCUGCGUUCGAGUUACCUUGUAAUUCAGAUGUUAAAGCUGAAAAUGACAUCACAUCUGAGUCUGCAGCGUUUCAGUUACCAAGUCAGAAGAAAAGCAAAAUCGGAGGCCUGAAACAAGAUUGCUUCAUCUACGAAAGUUAUUUCCACGCUUGAGUUAUAUUUGGACAAGGCAAGUAGAUGUAGCCAACUUGUUUCCACUUCCGAUUUGCUUUUUUCCGACUCGGUAACUGAAACGCUGGGAACUCGGAUGUGACGUCAUUUUCAGCUCGGACUUAUGACUUCUGAGGUAACUCGAACGCAGCAAAAGACCAGAGCCGUUUGGUAGAUUUACUUUUAAAGUUUUAAUCAUCCAAACAGGACUUUAGAGUUACUCCAGUGAGCUUAGUGCAAAUUUACCCGCUAUGAAACUGUCAUGGGAAAAUAACUGGAGCAAUAAAAUGAUCAAUAAUUGAUCUAGUUUGUCCAGAGAGUGUCGUUUAAACAGUAUCACAGACUUCUCUUCUUAAUAAUCACGAACAGGAAAACAUCGUUCGGACCAGACUGCAGCUCUGCAAGUUAAAUCUCAUAUAAGAGGAGAAAAGCCUGAUGGGAUUUUCUUUUUCCAAACAUCCUCCUGAAGCCAAAAGACCAACAGGAGCUAUAAAGCAUGAAAUCAGCUGUGGGAUCUUGUUUCUGUUGUUGAGGAAAGUACCCACAUUAUAGCCGGCUCUCUGAACUUUCUGCGUGCUGAUUGGUCCGUUAAUUCUCCCUGUGAUGAAAGUAAACAGUUGUGGAGUGAUAUUAAAGUUCCCGGGGGAGAGAUAGUGACAGUCUGAGGCUCAUAACCACCUUUCACAGAGACUCUCAACUCCAACCUGCUCUCUCACUCACACUCUGAUGUGUUCUCAGAUUUACAUGCUGCGCCCCCACCCACCAUUGUUCUGUGGUGGGAGGGAAACAGUGAACUGCGGUUUGUAUAUCAGCUGCUAUAGACCACCCAGAGUUUACAUCUGACCCGACCUCCUCCCCUCCUCUCUCCCACACAUCCCCUGACUCCCUCCUCCUCAAAGAGAUGAGAACCAGACGUUGGACAAGAACAGAGAGGACAGUUUGCAAACAUAAGGAGGAAUCAUAAAGGUUUCACCAACAUGGAUUUGUAAAUUGUUGUUGGUUUUAUAUUUGGAUAAAUUUAAUCAUUAGAGUAGGGCUGGACGAUAUGGCCUCAAAUCAAUAUCAGAUAUAUUGAGCAGUUCACUUCGAUAAUGACGAAUGGACCAUAACUACUCCACAAGCUGCUCAACCCCUUCCCACAUUAGCCGCUACAACUUUUGAACCGUCCUCCGUCUCCUCACCUGGCUUUUCCUCUUACUUACGGACUGGAUGGGGUGGAGUCACAUCUCCAACGUAGGACAGCAUCUGAAAGACACAUGAGACCAUCGCCUACCUACACACAGGGCUGUCGGCUGGCCGGUCGCACUCGCCAAAUUCGACUAAAAUACUCCCCUGGCGACUUAAUUUUGGAAGGCUACAUGCCAUGGAGGGGGUAGAUGUUCGUCCAGAUACACAUGCAAUAAAUAUGCACGAUGUGUCACAAAGCGUAGCUAUAACAUUAUGAGUAACGACGGUAGCUAAUGGUAGUGGCUACUGAUUUGUUGUGUAUCACAAUGAAGUGGGGCUCUGAGCGGAACUAUUUUCUAGGUUAAGAUGUUUCUGUGUGACUCAACAAAUCUGCGUAGGUUACCAACGCCACGUGCAGUUGGAGUCAAGAUGUGGCUUGGGACGGAUGAAAAAGACUGAGAAGAAGGGGGAAACGUCGGCGAAAAAAGUGAGGAACUUCCAGGAGAAGUGGAAGAUUCAAAGAGAAUCCUAGCUGCAGUAUAAGGACGCCGCGGGUACAAUGUUUUUUAAUAUCUGCAGAUUUAGUGGGAGUGGUCUUACGUGCGGGCGGCCUUUUCGCUUGUUCCUGCACACCAUGAUGAGAGACGCCGUGUAAUAGUGAAAACAGGUCAUACCUGCCAACACUCCUGUUUUUCUGAGGACUCUCCCGUAUUUCAGACCUAUCUCCCGCCCACCUCCUGUAUUGUCAUUUCUCCCGGGAGUCUCCCGUAGUUUGAUGGUCCACGUUCAAUCAUGAAUCGGAUCACGAUAUUUGUCCAAAGUUGCCAGGUUUCCAGACAACUGAAGAUUGUCCUAUGUUUCUGCUGAGCCUCACAGAUACUGGGUUGAUACUUUUACUUCAAAAUUUGAGAUGAUUCUGGUCGGUUUAAGCUGUAAACUAUAUUUGAGUAGUGUUUGCUGCGAAAUGAACACUUCAAUGAAAGGGAAACAAUCGUGAGAUAUGAUAUUUACGUUAAUAGUCUCGCACUGUCUCAGAGUGAUGCGUUCAGGGCAGCCUCAGAUAAAACAGUGCUGUAUUUCACGCACAGAUGUUCAGAGAGCCUCAUGGGAGAGCAUGUAAAACAUAUGAGGUCUUUAACACCAAUAUUAGUGAACUAAACAAGUUCAAGGCAUAUAGUAGCUGUAACAAUAUGGGCAAAAUGACGUCAGUUAUUGUCGUAAAUUUUGUUAUCUGUAAAUUUUCGGUUUAUCACCCAGCUCUACAUUAGGGUCAGAAAAACAAACAGGAAAUCACAAGAGACAACUGCACAGAAAGGUCAGAUACAUCCUGGAUAUGAACAUGAACUGAUAGUUAAAUGAAAUGAACAAAAAACAGGACACCAUAAAAUCAUGAAAUAAUAAAACCCUGUAGGGCUGCAGCUAUCGAUUAUUUUAGUAAUCGAGUACUCUAUCGAUUAAUCUGUCGAUUAAUCGAGUAAUCGGAUAAGAAAUGUUUUGCUCUCACUGUAAUACUUUGCAUUGAAUCACGUUUGCCUCAGAGCGGACUUAAUGCAUGGACCGGGUGUUUUCUUUUAAGGUGCUGCAGCAUUGACGACAUGCUGUUGUGAAACGCCAACUCCGCCUUACAGUGAACACACUGCACGGCGUUUUCUUUCCUUUUCAGUGUGUAAUGGUCCCACACUUUAGACACUUUCUGCCGUUUCCUCUGCGUGUCAUCUCUUUCUUCCUCUCUCUGUCUGUCCUCGUUUCCCUCCAUGAUUGAACCAAACGCGCCAUAGACAUAAUAAAAGAUAGACCCCGCAUCGGCCGCUACCACGAAUGGGCGCUGUCGAGAAAUGCGGCCGCCAUCUUGGUCCGGUCAUCCGCCUCACUCUGCACCGCUGUUUAACCGGCGGAAUGAAGUCUGAGCGCAUUAAUGAAUCAUAGUUCGCUCAAUACUACGUAAUUUUCUUCUCUGCAAACGCCAUUCAAAGAGGCGUUUUCAAAUACUCAGAAUGAAUAAAAUGAUAUUUUAGAGCAUGGCACUAGUGGCUGUAUUAUAGUAUAACAAUUAAUCAAGGAUAUAUUUAGGUUUAGAGCUAGGUUCCUGCUAUGUCUCAAUAAUUAUUAAUAACUGGCGGUAUUAAUAGGCCAAUUCAAUAUAUAUUGAUUUGAUUAUAAUUUUUUAUAUAGUUUAAUUUUAUUUAUCCAUUUGUAGACACACACAAAUAAUGUCAUAUAGAAGCACUAUUUUAAUAACUGGAAAAUACACACAAAUAUAUAGCCUACAUAUCAAAAAGAUUUAAACACAAGAACAGCAUGACAGGACAGCAUCUAAACUACAUAUCAAUUUGCUUGUUGGCUACACAGCACAGAGGAAUCACUUGCUGCGAAUUUCUCCCUCUAACAGCAAUCUCCCACUUCUUCCUCAAGUUUUUGUCCUUAGGAAAUCUUCAAAAUGAAACAGGAGAUCACCACAAAGAAAUCUUUAAUAAAACAGAUAAUAAAACAGAGCUCACUUUCUUCCUUUUUCUUUCUAUUUUAUUUCUUAACAUUUCUUAGAACCUCUCUCAAACAAAAGUUUUUCAAUCUAAUGCAGAUCUGUUGAUAAUCGACCAAAGUUGCUAUUAUUGUGAAUAAGCUAGCUGUUCGCAAAUGCUGUUUCCUUUUUGGAGUUGACCGAUAGUCUUCCUCUUUGGCCUACAAAUGACUCUACAGUCAAGUGUAAUGUUUAAAAAACGUUUAAUCAUAACUGUGAAAAGUUAUUUCUUGAGCCCUGUUCUCUGCUGUCCGCCUGUUGGCACAGGAAUACGCCGCACAGUGCUCCGGCAUCGCUGAAUGAAUGAAUAUGAUUGACCGGAGCGUAUGGGAAGCUUGACCUGACCAAGAUGGCGGCCGCAUUUCUCGCUGCGCAGCACCCCCAGCGGGGUCUACCCUUUUAUUAUGUCUAUGAAACCAUAGACAUAAUAAAAGGGUAGACCCGUAGUAUUGAGCGAACUAUGAUUCAUUUAAUGCGCUCAGACUUCAUUCCGCCGGUUAAACAGCGGUGCAGAGUGAGGCGGAUGACCGGACCAAGAUGGCGGCCGCAUUUCUCGACAGCGCCCAUUCGUGGUAGCGGCCGAUGCGGGGUCUAUCUUUUAUUAUGUCUGUGUAUGAAACGCGCGGCAGCGGAAGGAGCGGAAAGAGCACGCUGCUGCGCAACAGAAAUAACCGUCCGUGUCAAACACCGUGCGCUGCACAUGGUUCCGGAUUUAAACGAUUCCUCGAGGCAUAUAAUUUGCCUCGAGGAAUUUUAUUAAUCGAGUUACUCGAGUUACUCGAGUAAUCGUUUCAGCCCUAAAACCCUGUCUUCGGUUAUUAGAAAUUCAGUUCCUGCAAAGUUGAGGAUGUUUGCAGCAGACAGAGAGAAGUUCUGAUUUCUCUUUUUCAGCUGAAAACAAACACAUAAACCAGAACACAGAGCUGAGCUGCUGUGUGCUUCAGCUUCAUUAUUCUCUCUGAGAGGAGGAAACCCUGUGAAUGUUUUAUAAGAAGACAGAAACAACAGAACAGACUGUCAACAAAUUCAAACACAGACUGACGCCUUUAGAUGUUUCAACAAACUGGUUCACUGAAAGAAACCAAAGACUGAGAAGAACUGUAUUAUUAAGACUAAAACUGACUGAUGUGACUGGGAAUGUAAUUGUUACCUGAUCGAAAUGACUGCAGCAUAUGUUGCUCUAAACCUGCAUAUAUAUUGUUCAGUAUUAAUGGAUUCUUCACAGAUGUGGAAGCUACCCACGCCAAGGACACUCCUGAUCCCCAUACAAUCAGGGAUGCUGGCUUUGAGCUGUGAGCUGAUAACAAGCUGAGUAGUCCCUCUACUCUGAGGAGAGGAGGAUGCAGCAUUCAUGAUGUCCAAAGAGACUAUUCAAUUUGGACAGUGUUCCUCUCAGUCCACAUUAAACAGGCUCAGGUCCAAAUCUGGUGUCUCUGGAUCAUGUUUCUUUCUGGUUUCCUCUUUGCAUGAUUCAGUUUUAACCUCAUUUGUAGAUGCAGUGAUGAACUCUAUUCACAGACAAUGGUUUUUGGUAUGGGUGUACAGAUACAACUUUUUGACUUCUGAUACGGUACCGAUAUUGUAGCCUUCAAUAUUGGCCGAUACCGAUAUUGGCACAAAAUUGUACCACAAGGCCAACAUCACUCCUACUCCUUGCUACUUUGUUAGCACAUUAGUACACACUGUUGUUGUGAUUUUGUGGGCUCUGCAUGCUGGAUUCGGGUGCUGCUAGAUAGAGGUGUCUAGAGCGGAGUCUGGAAUGGACUGCUUGUAUCAGAGUGCUGAUUUUAGAGAUUUUAGAUGCAGGCCGAUAUCAUCCGAUAUUUGUUUUUUGCUGAUAUCGGACCGAUAUCAAUAUCAUACUGGGACACCCCUGGUUUUUGGCAUUGAUUUUAAGCCUGUGCAGUGAUUUCCACUACAGAGUCCUGUCUGUUGUUAAUGCAGUGCUGCCUAAGGGCCUGAAGAUCAGGAUCAUCCAGUCUUGGUUUUGGUCCUUGUCCCUUUUAGUACAAGUACAAGAUUUCUCCUGACUCUCAGAAACUUUUAAUAAUAUUAUGUACUAGAGAUUAUAGGGCUGGGCGAUAAACCGGAAAUUAACCGAUUCCGAAAUUUACAUCGAUAACCGACGUUAUUUUGCCCAAAUCGGUAAAGUUGGUUUAGCAUGUGUGUAUGUAGGCUAUAGUCUCAUGUCCCUAUAAGACGUUAAGAGAAAUCAGAACUUCUCUCUGUCUGCUGCAAACAUCCUCAACUUUGCAGGAACUGAAUUUCUAAUAACCGAAGACAGGGUUUUAUUAUUUCAUGAUUUUAUGGUGUCCUGUUUUUUGUUCAUUUCAUUUAACUAUCAGUUCAUGUUCAUAUCCAGGAUGUAUCUGACCUUUCUGUGCAGUUGUCUCUUGUGAUUUCCUGUUUGUUUCUCUGACUCUAAUGUAGGGCUGGGCGAUAACCGAAAAUGUACCGAUACUGAAAUUUACAACAAUAACCAAUGUCAUUUUUCAUAUCGGUAUAUUUGGUGUCAAAAAAAUUGAUAAUUAAAAGUUGGUUUUGGAUGUCUGUAGUGAUGUGACUCCACCCCAUCCAGUCCAUAUCAAAGAGGGAAAGACAGGUGAGGAGAUGGAGGACGGUUCAAAGGUUGGAGCGGCUGGAGCGGCGGCUGAAGUAGACAAAGUUAAUAUGGAAGGGGGUGAGCAGCUUGUAGAGUAGUUAUAGUCCAUUUAUCGUUAUUGAGGUGAACUGCUCAAUAUAUAUCUUGAUAUUGAUUUGAGGCUGUAUCGCCCAGCCCUAGUAGAUGGUGAUAUCCACUCAUUCACUGACGUUUCACUCUCAGGAGCUGCCAACUUGUUGAGUUUAAUGGACACAGUGCGACUAUUUUUAAAGUCUUAGUCAACAGCAUCAGCAUGCUGUCUUUGCAAACUAUUCAGUUACUCAGGGGGUGGGAACUUCAGCCCAGACCUUGUGCUUUGUCAGACCUGGCUGAAAACCAAAACUAAUUGAGCUGUGUUUUAUUUAACCCUGCAUCCUUCCACCGAGUCCUGAGUAUCAGAUCAGUAGUUUUUCCAUGCAGACAGAGUGCUGAGCCGGUUCUGUUUUGCUGAUGUACUUCAGUCUGGUGCUGAUCAGCAUUCACAGACGGUGCAGCUGAGGCUGAUGGGAAGGUUUUAAUAAUUGCUGGUAUUCGAGCAUAAACCAGAUUAUUGGACAGAUUGACCCAAGGAAGGAGUCUGGAUGUAAGUAUAAUUCAUCCUGAGGGUAGGCUGGGUGUCUGCUGGUGGACUUGUAAUGAUGAUAUAUUAACCAUGGAGGUAUUUCAGCUAAUAUUGAGUGCCCAUAGAAAAUGUUUUUCCUACGUGAAAUAUUCUCAGGUUGAUGCAUUUAAAAUGAUGAAAACUUUGCUGAAAGAGAAAACAAUUUGAUUUGAAUUGAUGGGAAAUGAUCAGAGUUUAUUGAUACUGACUCCAUCUUUGUUUUGCAAGUCAUGCAGGAAUAAAUGAACAGAAUAAAUCCCUUAAUUCCCUUUCAUUUAUUAACUCUGAAUAAACAUCUUUUAAGAGACUUUUGUAGCUUUUAUGAGGAUUUAAUUGAUGGAAAACUGCACACCUCUUCUGGACAGAGUUAGGACUGAAGUUCAAAGUGUAAAUUACUAAAUGAAGAGAAGUAGUGUCUCCUAGUUAAAGGUCUCCUGCAGUAGAAGUGUGCCAGUUAAACUCUUCCUCGUCUUCCUCUUCCUCUCUCUGCAGAGACUCGUCCUCAGGCUGACACUGUUAUGAAUUAUGGAUUAAUGUAAAGAGCUGAGUGUGUCUCAAACCCUGCUGUUCCACUGACCCACAUCUGCUGUUUGGAGAUCCUCAGCCUCUUCUUUUUAUACUGUACUAUCACUCUGGGUUAUAUCAUGGAUAUUUACAUUAGUUUCGAGCAGAGAGUCGGAGGGGCUGCUGAAAAAGAAGAAGCACUGACUUGUUACCUCCAAACUUUUAAGGAUCGCAUAAAAAAGUCUGGCAGAGAAGAAAAUCCAUUGUUGAACGGAGCUAUAUUUGUAUAACAUCAACUGAACUGCAUGUAAACAUACUGACUUGUGCUGCUGGUAUGCAGAUACAGUCUGGGAAACCUCUCUGCUUCCUAUUCAGAGAUGAGCUGUUUUAAACUGUUUGGAUAAAUUUCCUGCUGCAUCAACAGACAUUAUUGUAUAUCAUUGUUUUUUAACUGGCCUUGCAAGCUCAGACUUUGGCUGCUGAUGAUUGUUUUUCAAUGCAAUUAAUAAGCCUGGCUAAUGGGCUGAUGAAUCAGUGUACCUCUAAGUCAAAAGAUUUUAGCUUUAAAACUGUCAAUGUGGAGAGAGCUGGUUUGGCUGAGAGAGUAAAUUGCAUCUCCUAUGUGUGGAGACUUUAGUUCAAUUCUGGUUCAAUUCUAGCCUGAAGCCCUCUGCUGUAUGCUAUUCACCACUGUGUCCCUUCAGAUUGUUUUCUCUGUCCACUAUCAUUUUAAUAAAGGCAUAAAAAUAGUGAUACUGCCUUGUUUUCAUGUUUGCAUUGAUAUGAUAUGAUAUGUCUAAAAAUGCAUCUUUCCAGUGUUUUUGGUCACUGGAAGCAAAUGUUAGAAAAAGAGGCUAAACUGACAUUGGCAACAAAGUUAAUCUGUUUUUAUGGACUUGAAACUGGACUUAAAAACUCCUAAAAGGCUGAGAGCUCAACUCAAAAGAAUUUAAUCUCUUAUUUAUUGGAGUACAUCCAGUUUAUUCAGCAGUUUACGACUAAAUUCAUGUUGGUUUAUGACCACUGAGAGCCUAAAAACACACUUGGUAAAAACUCUAAAUCAGUAUCAACAAACAUGAAAUAGAGGCUGGAGAUUCAGGCAACUCUUCACUUGUGAUUUUUCUCAGAAUAAACAAAUACAGAUAAAUUCAGUUUUUCCUGUUCCAGUGAAACAUUUUAACAACUCAGUAUUUCUGUGUCUUUCAGAGGUCAUGGGAGGCUUUUGACAUCCGACUUGCCUGCUGCCGAAGGGAUCCAGAAAAACUCGUCUAGAGACGCCGCUUGGUGCAAAGUGACGGUCCAGAUAUGGCCGCUCAUCGUAUCAGAACCACGGCCACCAACAACACUUCCCUCCCACGCUGCAAGUCUGAGGGGACGCUGAUCGACCUCAGCGAAGGAGUGUCAGAAGCCAGUCUGACGGAUGUUAAAGGUCAGAGACUGAAUCUAUAAAAAACAUUUACACUUGGAGUUUUAUCAGAGCUUAAACUUGAAUUCCUGUUUAUUCCUAUAUGUUGUUGCAUGCAUGGAAGCUGACGCACAGUUUCUGAGCGGUAAGGUUAAAGGUAAACAUUUACAGUUGCGUGCUGACAGGUGGACAAACAGACAAAAAAACAGACUGAAAGAACAGGCAGUUCCACGAAAUGAAGAUACAGAAACUUGCUACUUGUUGUUGUUCAGGUGGUUUGUUUAUUCUUUCUCUUCACCUCUAUCAUCCCUCCCCUCCUGACUCUGUUUUCUUUUGCAGUGCCUUCCCCCAGUGCCUUACGCCUGGACGCUACCGCCUCCUUCGGUGCCGCCAGAGAAGUCGUCGCCAUCAAGGACUACUGCCCAUCCAGUUUCACCACGCUAAAGUUCUCAAAAGGGGACCGUCUCUAUGUCCUGGACUCGUCAGGAGGGGAGUGGUGGUACGCCCACAACAACACAGAGAUGGGUUACAUCCCUGCGGCGUACGUUCAGCCCGUCAACUACAGAGACUCGUCUUUCAGCGACAGCGGGAUGAUCGAUACUGUGGGAGACUGUAACGAGGAGGCGGCCAAAGAAAUGGACCUUCUGGGAGAGUGGGCGGGGGUGAUUCUGAAACCGACCACCUUCCAAAACGGGAAUCCUUUUGGAUCAACUCAUACCUCGACUAAUCCUUUCCUAAACGGAGGUCCUCAGAGUUCACUGGAUCAGAACAGCAACGAGAAAUCAGUGGACCUCCUUCUCUUCGACACGCUUACUCCAUCAGUGCCAAACUCCACCAGCAGCACAGCUGAUAUCAACGGUUUUGGUGUUUUUCACUUGAACCCUCUGAGUCCUACAGGAAGUGUGGGACAGACGUUACGCAGGGACAACCCGUUCUUCAGAAGCAAACGGUCCUACAGUCUGUCCGAGCUGUCCAUCCUGCAGGCUCAGUCUGACGCCCCUCAGGCCUCAAGUUUCUUCGGAGGCCUCAAAGCUCCAGCACCAGAGCAGUUCCAGAGCAGGGAGGACUUCAGGACGGCGUGGCUGACCCACCGUAAGCUAGCCAGGUCCUGUCACGACCUGGACUCGCUGGGUCAGAGCCCAGGCUGGGGUCAAACGCAGCCAGUGGAGACCAACAUCGUCUGUCGGCUGGACAGCUCGGGAGGGGCCGUCCAGCUUCCAGACACCAACAUCAGCGUCCACAUCCCUGAGGGCCACGUGGCCCCUGGGGACACUCAGCAGAUCUCUAUCAAAGCUCUGCUGGAUCCGCCGCUGGAGCUGAACAAUGACCGCUGCACCACCGUCAGCCCGGUGGUGGAGAUUAAACUCAGCAACAUGGAGACCAAAACCACAGUUACCCUGGAGAUGAAGGUGUCAGUGGUGGUGAAAAUGGAGAGCAGGCAGACGACUGAAGUCCUGUGUGUGAGGAGUGAUUGUAAAGAGGGACCUUACACACCUGUUCCUCAGGCGUACCUGUAUGGAGACACAGUCCAGGUGUGCCUGGAUAACCUGGAGCCGUGCAUGUACAUCUGUGUCGUGGCUCAAUCUCAGUCCUUAUCUCCUGAAUCCACCGUUUGGGAUAAUGUGGUGAAAAAGAUCACUUUAGGGGUUUAUGGUCCCAAACACAUCCACCCAUCCUUUAAGACGGUCGUGGCUCUGUUUGGUCACGACUGUGCGCCUAAGACGUUACUUGUGAGCGAGAUGGGCAAACAGGUGCAGUCCUCGCCAUCGGUGGUGCUGCAGCUUUGGGGUAAACACCAGUUUGUCUUGUCAAGACCGCAGGACCUCCGCGUUGAUGUUUACUCCAACAUGGCCAACUACGAGGUGAAGUCCAGCGACCAGGCCAAGGUGGUCCGAGGCUUUCAGGUCAAACUUGGGAAAGUCAGCCGGCUCAUCUACGUCAUCUCCUCACGCAACUCUGAAGACGUUUCUGAUUUCACUUUGAGAGUCCAGGUCAAAGACGACCAAGAUUGUAUCCUGGCUCAGUUUUGUGUCCAGACUCCGACACCGCCACCCAAAGCAGGACCAAAGACGUCAGUACAACGGCGCUUCCUCAAGAAGAAGGAAGUGGGCAAGAUUGUCUUGUCUCCUCUCGCCAUCGCCACCAAAUACCCUGUUUUUCAGGACAGGAGGAUAAACAACCUGAAGUUUGGAAAACUAAUCAAAACUGUCAUCAGGCAAACGAAGAACCAGUACCUGCUGGAGUACAAAAAAGGAGACUUUGUGGCUCUGCUGAGCGAGGAGAAGAUCAAGCUGAAGGGCCAGCUGUGGACUAAAGAGUGGUACAUUGGAUAUUAUCAGGGCAGGAUGGGAUUUGUUCACGCAAAGAAUGUUCUGGUGGUCGGAAAGGUUAAACCCAUUUACUUCAACGGGCCUGACCUUACAACCUCUUUGUUACUGGAGCAGAUACUGAAGCCCUGCAAGUUCCUCACGUACAUCUACGCCUCAGUAAGAACGAUACUGAUGGAGAACAUUGGAAACUGGCGUGCUUUCGCGGACGCCCUCGGAUACGUGAACCUGCCGCUGACUCACUUCUGUCGGGCAGAGCUGGACAGCGAACCGGAGAGGGUGGCGUCCGUGCUGGAGAGGCUGAAGGAGGACUGCAAUAACGCAGACAGCAAAGAGCGGAAGUCGUUCCAGAAAGAACUCCUGACGGUGAGUUACGGCUUUGGCUUCCUCCUCUGCUCGCCGCCGUGACAUUGCACUUUAUCUGCGCCCUUGUUUUGACAGAAUGGAUAUCCUGUUUUGUAUAUCGAACUAAGAUGCGUCUCCUGUCCUUCAUGCGUCCCAUUAAAUGUCCAUGUGUUUUGUGUUUGUUAGUCCUGGCCCGGGAUUUGUCGCUCGGAGCAUCUAUCUCUCUUCCUCUUGUUAUCUCUCCGUGGCUGCUUCAGGCGUCUGGCUUUAGAGGCGAGGUGUUGAUUCUGCAGGGAGGCGAGUCGAUAACUGCUGUGUAGGCACGGAGGUCUAAUCGGACCCGAGGAGCUUUAGAGAUCAGCAGAAUACGUCGUCCUGUUGCUUACACAGUGUUUGGUGUGUGUCGUUCUUUGCUGUGUGUGUGUGCAAUUUGCUGAUCUUACAAACCGAAUUGAUCUCUCUGACUGCUCUGGUAAUUUUCUAUCUUUAUGUACAUAUGAAUCAAAGCCCUGAGGGAGGAAAUCAACAGAAUGAAACAAAGCCUCCCUCAUGUAUUAACAUUAAAGAAAAACAGAGCAGGUGUUGUUAGGUUGAAAGAUUAAGUUUACGCCUUCCUCAGUGAAAGGAAAUGUUCUUUUAUUGAAGAACUCUGUCGGGAAACUCCUCAGGCCAGGCCUUUGAAACUCUUGACUUGGCAAAUCUUGACUUAGUUCUGAUCAAAUUUCAGCCUAAGAGCUUGAAGAGUAACUACUUUUUACCUCUCAUGAAUGUAAUAAUUCAGUAAAGACCACUUUCAUUAAAGAGAAGUAUUAUUUGUUUGCAAUACAUCAAAUUUGGCAGUAUGGCUCUGCUCCGAGAGCUGUGUGUUAAGAGGAGGGCCAAAACCUGAGGCGGGGAGAGCACACCUCGCUUUUAAUUUAUGUUGGCUCCAAUGUGAUCAUUCUUAAUCAGUAAAAUCAUGGUAUAACAGAUAUUUGGAACAAAAUUAUUGUGUUUUCAAGACAGUGUCGUUUUCCCUUUUUUUUCCACGAGGAAGACGUGACGUUGACGAGCUAAACAAGUCUUAGAUGUGUAAAAUGUGACUAGACGAAUGUGUUUAAGUUGAUGAGACGAGACUAGUCGAAAACGUUAGUGGUGGACGACGAACAGAGUUGCAAAAUUCAUGAGCAUUUCGUCAGUCAAAUGCUAAACAUAUAUUCUGCAGUGUUGUUUCCGUUGACGUCAUCGUCAAUGAAAACAACAGGAAGCAAAUAUAAACUGGAGAGACCCAAACUAUGUCUAUAUACCUGGCUGUGAACGCAGGAAAGCAAUUUGAUCAAUUUCCAAGUCUUAAAAAGUAUGAUAAAUGAAAAAUUAAAUAUGGAAACAUAUUUAUGUUAACAGACUAUAUUACCACAGUUAUAAAAUACUGUUUUGUAAAAUAGAAAAGUAGGUAUCUCCAAAAAUAAUUCUAAAAAGUAGGGUAAGGAAAAGUAUGGAAAUUCCAACUGUGUAGGAACCCUGUAAACGUGUUUAUUCAUUUCAUUUUUGCAUGGGUCUCUAUGGGAGCUGACGUAUUUCAGGAGACAGCCUCUAGUGGACACUCUGGGAAUUACAUUAUUGAGGCUUUUAAAUUGGCUUCAUUUGUCAGGCCUGGUGAUGUUUGUCUUUUUAAUUCAGGAUCUUAAAGAUGUCGGGGACAGAUUAGUGCAUGGAGAGGUUUCCUUGCUAAUUCUAGUCCUUUCCUGAGAGCUGUAUCUGAUGUUUAUCUAAUACUCUGCACAGCUGUAUCAAAAGCCCUGGAUGUACGUUGCUCUGUGUGUUUUCUGUGCUGUCCUCUCCCAGUUUAUUCAGCUUUCUUUCCAAACCGUCUCUCUGUAGCCCUCGGCUGUGGAUCUUCUGCCACAGAAGUUUCUGGAUUCAGGGAUUUCCAUUGUUGUCGGCAGCAGCCUGAGCACGCCAAACCACACUGACAGCAUUUGUCAUUUCCAGUCUGUGUCAUGUUCAUGACCUCAUGCUCCAUAAAAGUCCGAGUUUCAUUUUGAUUUAACAGUCUGUCCCUGUUUGAACUUGAUUUUUACACUUGGCGGCGAGCUUUCUGUCUGCAUUUAAAUCACCGCUCUCAGACUCCCUUUCUCUGUCAGCGUUUUUUCCUCCUCAGACUCUGUCAGAGGUCACGGACGUUGUUCGGCUAAAGUAACACCGAGCAGGAAGGCUGUAAUUUAGGGCAGGUUGUAAACACUAGUUAGGCCCAUUUUUAGACAGAGAAACUGCAGCAUUGGAGAGGACAUAAUAAAAGGUGGUCAGUGGAAAUAUGCCCUCAGAGAGAGUCAGAGCUGCACGAUUCAUGUCUGAACACAGGUUUGUUUUUGUGUUUCUGCUCACAGGAUUACACCUAAACUACCACUCACUGCACAAACAACUAAACCGAAUUAGAAACCGACUCUGCAGCUCUGUUAAAGUGACACUAAAGUGACACUCCUAAGAUGCUGGUUUUGAGGAUUUAUCCAUGUGAAGCUGGGAAACCUGUCAGUUAAAAUGUAAAUCUCCUUUCUCCUGUUUUUUUCUAAAACAAAGACAAUCGGUCUCUCUCCGUCUCUGUCAUUUAAAGUGGACAGAGGUCUAUUUAUAGAUGAAAAAGAGACAAAUUAAAGCACAGCAGAGCCUCCUCCGCGCUCUGAUGUCUGAAUCCUUUCUGCUCGGUGGUGAUUGUGGGAGAAAAGCUUCAUCAGCAGAGCGGGAUCACACAGACAGGCGAGAGUGCAAGACGUCUUUUAUAGAUUUUAUUUUUAUUUCCAUCCUCUCUGUUUUUUUUAUUGUCUCAUUUUGUCUGCUCUUUUUUAUGUCACAACAAAAAUAGCUCAGAGAAUACAGAGAAAAAGACCCAGUCAUUCAAUAGUGACCAGAUCAGACUGGAAAAGGUCAUGAAAACAGGAAAAAAGAUUACAGAAUCAGAUUAGACCAGGUAACUUAUCUCUUUUUAUAUCCUGGUUUAUGAUGUUGAAGACUUUGGAGAAGGAUUGGGAUAACUUUGACAAAAACAGCUCUUUGUAUCUUAUGUGGGGGAGUAAAGCCUGUUAUAUGCUUCAAUGUUGGACCUCUAUUGUUGCCAUCACAGGCACUACAAACCUCUUUUUCUAACAAUUAUGGUGUACUGACUUUACCUAAACAAAAGUUUGUACAGAUUUUAGAGGUUUAAAUGUGAAAACACGGAAAGAAUUGGCUUUAAAAUAAGAAAAUAACACCGUAUUCACCGGCAGGCCACAGGGUUUGUUCGUGCCUCUCUCUUUCACUCUUCAUGAAGUGUCUCUGAAAUAACUCCCACAUUCCUGAACGAGGCCAAAUCUCCAGAGAGACUGAUCUGAACUUCAGUCAAUUAUUCCAAAAGAAGCAGAGAGCCACACCCAGAGAGAGAGGGAGAAGGAGAAGGAGGAAGUAAAGGAGGAAAGAGGAAGAUAAUAGAGGCAGAGAAAUCUAGAUUAGCGUUAAAACACGGCAAAGAAAGACCCUAAAGUUUACACCGUCUCCUUCUACUCGAAUGAAUCAUCUCCUGUGUGUCGGCGUCUCCUCUGGUUAAAAGUUUCAUAGUGUUCUUCCUCUCCUCCUGAUGUUUGACAGAAUAUUUCAGCACAUGUACAGCUUGUGCCUUCACAGUGAUUUCCUCCAUGUCGGUGUUUGUAACAGUGGAGGCAGAGGGUGUAAUCUGUCCUCCAGCCUCAGAGACUGUGGGACUGUCAGCUGACAGAGCAACAAUGGCAGCCUGCAGGGUCAGAAUUUAUCAGCGUACCUGCAGGCAGGGAUAACUGUCAGACGCUGUGCAGACAUCAUUUUCACCGUGCAUCACAGCUUUGCGCAGCAAGUCGGGAAAUAAUCAGAAAGAGCCACUGUGGUUACAGCUUUCAAUAACAAGGGCCUCUAAACUUUUAAUUCAAAAUGCAAAUAAGGCCAGUAUUUACAUGCUUUACCCCGAGGACAGACUGACAGGCUGCUGACAGGUUUAUUAUCUGAGGUGUUUAAACUGUUCUAACUUUUAAAUACUUGUUAAACUAAAAAGUUUAGACUUGUUUUUACAUUUUAGAUAACAUUUAUUUUGUGUCAGAGAAAGGGAUGAGCAGGGAUGGAUUCAUUUUAGAUUGUGUUUUAGCCCAGACAUGUGAUGCUUGUUUUUAUUACACAAUAUUGUUUCGUUUUUAAAGUCUUCACCUUUACUACCUAAAAACUUUUUUAGGCGGAUCAAAUAUGCAAGCAUAUAGCGCCCACCAGAUCCAAUCUGCCGUCGCCAUUGGAGGAGAAGCACUCGCAGGCUUACCGAUAUUCCUCACAAGACUGGAUGAGAUCUCACAAGAUCCCGCAUGUUUCCCCGGCAUUGUAUAUAAAACACCCACAUCCCAAAACCCUGGCAUCUCCUGUUAAGAACAGUUCAACAUAUUGACUUUAUUUUGAAAAUUAACCGAAUAUUUUACUCUGUAGCCGCAUACAAUUUCCUCUGCUGCUCGUGCUGCGCUGCACUGAAUUGAUGCGCGGCAUCUAGCAAAAAAUGAAGGCUUGCAUAUCUGAUCCGGCCGCCAUGCCAGAUCGGAGCACAGCCAUUCCAGAUCUUGCGGGUUUUAGCCGUUAGAGCAUGGAACUGUGUAGGGCUCGGUGAUAAACUGAAAAUUUACAGAUACUGAAAUUUACAUCGAUGACAAACGUCAUUUUGCCCAUAUCGCUAUAUUCGGUUUUGGAUGUGUGUCGGUAAGCUAUGGUCUCAUGUCCAUUUAAGACGCUGUCCUAUGUCGGAGACGUGACUCUUCCCUAUCCAGUCCAUAACAAAGAGGGAAAGACAGAUGAGGAGAUAGAGGACGUUUCAAAAGUUGAAGUAAGCGAAGUUAAUGUGGGAGGGAUGUGGAAUAGUUAUCGUCCAUUUAUCGUCAUCGAGGUGAACUGCUCAAUAUAUCAUGAUAUUGAUUUGAGGCCAUAUCGCCCAGCCUUAGGUCUGUGUUUUAAUGUUGUAGAUCUUUUGUCUGUUUUUCCAUCAUAAACAGACUCCUCCUCGGUUCUUAUAUUUCACCAACAAUCCACAGAUCUGUGAGUUUUAUUUCAUGCCAUCACUCCAGUUUACAGUCCUCCUCCUCUCUGCAGCUCUCAGGUCUCCCUCUCUCGGCUGGGAGUCGACAUCAUGGUUCAUUGUAAUUGCAUGUUUCUGAAGACCUAAUUAAGGUAAAUGAGGCUCCGUGUUAAUUUGCGUACGAAGCAGGAAAGCCUCAUGAUUAAUUUGCAUUAAAAAGUAAUUAACAUGUUAAGGUCUUGAUCUUGUUGCGUGUUGACAGCCAUGUCAUGUCCUUCUCCGCCCGCGCACAGUGUCACUUCAGCAGAUCAGAAGAGUUGACACCAUCAGCAGUCACAGAGAGGACACAGUCUGUGCAGAAUAUUAGAUUUAACUUAAGACUUCAAACUGAAGACAGAUUCAGAGCAAACUCUGCUGUGCGACGUCUCUGUGAAGAAAUUCAGGUCAGAUGUUUUAAAUGUUUAAAACCCACAGGAUAAGAAACUUCAGCGUGAAUGAAACAACCUGAAUUAUUCAAAUCAUUCAUUGUCUGCAGAGCGGCUGAACGCUGACAUUAAAACACAAAUUCUGCUCGGUGUUAACACAAUUCACCUGCAGCUCAUAUUAGAUAACAGCAACAUGUGCAGAGGGGGGCGGGGUCGGGGUCACAGAGGAUUAUGGGAAGUGGCGUGGACCUGCAGGCGCCUGCAGGUCCACGACUGGAGCUUCUGUUUGGUUUGAGAACAAUGAGGCAGGAAACAUCUGCAGGGCUGAGAUCCAGCAGAGACAAACAUCAUCGUAGCCAUCAUCCAAAAAUGACAACCGCGACACCACCUCCAAAUAAACAAACAAACAAGAAGCAGUUCAGUGGCACAUGUGGGUCACCUGGGAAUUAAUAGAAAAAGAAACAGGUGUAAAACCGGUCUGAGAGAGUCUGCUUUAGUCCACAGUAGAUAGGAAUAAAAAUCUGACUCAGUACGUGUCAAAGAAGACUGGAAACUUGGUUAAAAUUAAAUCACUCACUCAUGUGGAAGUUCUUCUGGAAAAAGUUUCAUCCUCCUGCAGGUUUAUACCAAGUUUGCAUCAUACUGGGGGUGGUUGAUGCGGCAAAUUUAUUUUUUAAUGCCAGGAACAAACAGUCCUCACUGCAUCCCCAUUUGUUCAUGUUUGAUUUUAAGUCUACUUCGAUAAGACUUCAAGUGUGAGCUUAACAAGAGCACAAGAGUCCAUUUCCUUCUCUUUGUUUCUGAGGUAGCACUCAUUAUGUAACCGUUGAUUUCAAUAACAAAUGUCUGAUACUUCCUGCACUUCCUUCUCCACUGAAAAGAGAUAAAGACAUGAUCAAGUGUCAAAUGACAAACAGCUCAGAGGCCCGAGGUAUUUGAGUGUUAUUUUCUUACAAACACAGUGAGACUGACUUUGUGUUUAACAUGUUUGCAGAGCGCUGUUUUGACAGACGGGCUCCGCAGCCUUCCCACCAUGAGUUUAUCCAGCACUCGUCAUGAAACACUGAGAGAGUAAACUUCUCAAAUGUGUGUUUCAUACCCAGCAUGCCCAGCUUAAUGAUGCCGUGGCUGCUGCAGACGUGCUGUUUGUUUAGACUGUGCUCUGCAUCAGAGCUCAGUCUGCAUCAGUAAAGACGUCAGCAUGCGUCUGUGUGAGAGUGUGGAGCUGAAAUACAGCAGAUACUUCAGUGACUCUGGAUUUGCAGAUUCUAAACACGUUCUGAUUAUUCAUUAUCUGUUAUUGUCCUCUCGCAUAUAAAUGAAAAGAUCAUUUACUCAGGCAUUCAGUACCUUAUAAAAUCUGACACAUAAAAGAAAACUCUGCUCGCCUAUGUUUACAAGUCACCAUGUGCAAGAAGCAAGAAUUUAACAAGAGAAUGUAACAUGAUAUUAAAUGGGGUGGGAGAAAAAAACGAUACAGCAUAAUAUUGUGAUAUUUUUUCUGGUGAUAUAUCUUAUCGUCUCAUUUACCAAGUAUCCAUUUUACAGAUUAAUUGCUAAUGUGAAGUCAAAUCUAUGAUAAUGGAAAAAUAAAAUCAACUGUUUGUCCAGUGAGGUUGGCAUCAUAGAACAGUAAAAACUUAAUUCAACAAAUAUAUAUGUAAGGUUUGCAAGAUGUGGUACAUGAAAAUAAAAUAUAGUGUAAAUAAGACAAACAUAAAGGAAAGACAAAGCUAAAUUAGGCAAACGGUUGAAAAAAAUAUAUAAAUGACAAUAUAUUGUAUCGCAAUACUCACUGUAUCGCAAGAUGUUCAAAAUCGCAAUAAUAUUGUAUCAUGGCCCAAGUAUUGCAAUAGUAUCGUAUUGUGGCCCAAGUAUCAUGAUAACAUUGUAUUGUGACCCAAGUAUCGUGAUAAUAUCGUAACAUGGUCCCAAGUCUCGCGAUAAUAACGUAUCAUAGCCCAAGUAUCGCGAUUAUAUCGUAUCAUAGCCCAAGUAUCGUGAUAAUAUCAUAUCGUGGGGCCACUAGUGAUUCCUACCCCUAAUGUUAAAGGUGCACAAAAUGAAGAAAUUACAUUUUAAUAUUUAAAUUGAGCCGGUGCAGAAAUAAAGAUCAAACCUGUGAACAUAUAAGAUUAUGAUAAAGAUUUUAACAAAAAUAAAUGUUUAAUGCUUGCAAAAAGAAAUAACUUUUAAGAGGGACAUGUCAAAUACAAAGUAAAUAAUGUAUGAAGAAAGUGCAUACUUGGCUGUAUAAACAGAAAAGUAUUGUGCAAAAAGUAUUAGGUGGAAUUGUGCAAAGACGAAAAUAGAUAAAUAAAUAACAGAAUUAUGUGCAAUGGAAACGCCUAAAGGUCCAAUGAGGAGUUUUUUUCACCAUUAUAAAUAAGACUAAAAUUCCUAAAAUAGUCAGACUAAUUUAUGCAUUUGACUCAAGCAUAAAGAGGAUAAGACAAACAAAGACUGCUUCAUCCACAGGGGGCGCCAGAAUCAACACAAACUUAAAGUUCCUCACUGGAGCUUUAAAUUCAGAUGCGCCACAUUUAACACGAUGUAAUCUUGCAAACAAAGAGCACAAAAUGUGAUGACAGACAAGAUGCAGGCUCUAGCUGUCUGUUCCACACGAAUGACGACUGAAGCUAGCGUCAGUGUUUCUCUGACUGCAUAGAGGAGGUCUGAACUCAAAGGGUUGAUGUCUCCUCAGGUCUUUGAUGUCUGACCUCUGUUAAUCUAAAAGGUGAAGAGGUGAGGAGGAGCAGAUUUAAAACCAAACUGGAAGGGGAAUGAAGUGCAGAGAGCCACAGAUGGAGAGUGAAGGCUGCAGAUGGAGGAGGUGGAGGAAGUCAGAUGGAAAAUGAAGACGGGAUCGAAAAAUAAUAAAGAGGAGAUUGAAGAGCAGAGACGGAGCGUCAGUCUGCAGCCCAGAGCCAAAAACAGAGAAACAGAAACACAGAAACAUGAUCAGGGCAGAAGUGUUGUUCAUCAGAGAGCGCACACUCCAUUUAAACUGUGUGUGUGUGAGUGCAGGGACACGCAGGUGUGUGAAGGAUCACUUCAUUUCCACAUGGAGGUUAUCUCUCUGGAAAAACGUCUACAGGAAUUUUGUUCUUAUUUUGACGAGUAGGUGAUUUAUGCCGCCAAGGAGCUGAAGGGCCUGAGACAAACUCAGUGGCAUUUAACUACAAAACACACACACACACACACACACACACACACACACGCACGGUCAUACACACACAGAGUCCCGUAAUGUGCUCACACAGACCAGCUGACAUUUUAAAAACCGCAGCGUAGCAAUAAAUCCUCCUCCGUCUCUGUGUUUCUGACUUUCACAGAUGAGCGUGUAGCCCCUCUGUCUGCUGAUCUUGAACUUUUACUUAAAAACCAAACUCCGAGCUCCUCACACCCUAAAGUCCCUGAUCUGUUGAUGAUCCCAUCUCCCCCUCAGAGUGAUUGAGACCUUCCUGAAUGAUGAAGAUAUUCCUCUGACCCCAGUAUUUUCAGGGUCGGCUGAACUGAAGCUCAUCUGCAGUUAAAAUCAUGAGACCAGCCCGGCGCUUUAAAAACUUUAUAAGAAUUCAAGUCCCUGAGUUCAGAUUCAUUUUAAUAUCACUCCCUCUGGCUUUUAGCAUCUUCAGCACCUCAUAUCUGUAGAAUAAUAUACGACACAUUAAAGGAGUAGUUCAAAGUUUUGAGAUAUGUGUGAAUUAUUACCUGUUUGGUUGUUUCUGAAACAACUUUUACGAAACACUAGAUCUAAAACGAGCAGAUAUUUUUCCUUAAACAACAUUAUUCAGCAUUAUGGAUGUUGUGCUAUUUCUAAUUAAAGGGAUAUUACAGCGUAAAAUUAAGUCAAGGUCAAACACACCGUAACACUGAGUUAGACACCCCCCUCAAGAGAUGAAUGUUGCAGACCGCUUGCUUCUCCAACUUUAGUAACGACAGCACGAUAUUCGUUGUUAUUCGUUGUUAAGGUGUUUUGGACUCUAACUCAAUUUUACACCGGAACAUCCCUUUAAACAUACGAUUUACAUAAUAUGCAAACCACAUGGUUUGUAUGAGUAUAUUACGUCCCUCUUUUGUAUCAGUUCUGAACACUCAGAGCAGCUCCUCUGUUUAUACUCAGACUUCAACCUGUAAGACAGGAAGAAAUGCUUUUAUUUUGACGGGAGUUUCCUGUCGCUGUAAUGCAGCGAGGAAACAGGUGUUUUCCCUCUUCCUCAAACAUCCACAAAGACUCAGAAACAAAUCAAUAAAUAAACAUCAAAUUCAAAUGUUAGUCAGAUUCUUCAGCUCUGUUUUAUUUCGUCUUUCUGUUUUUACUUUAAUCACAGAAAUAUCAGGAACGUCUGGUUGGUCCUCAGCCGCUCUGUUAUCUCAUCCUCAGAGUCAGAGAGGCUGCUGGACUGGGCAUCGGCAUUCCUCACCCCCUCCUCCCCCGUCUCCCCCUCCUCCUCCCCCUCCUCCUCCCCCUCCUCCUCCCUCCACAUCCUGUCGUUCCAAACAUUCCUGGACUCAGAACUGAAGCCAAAAGUGGAGCUUUAAAUUUACCUCUGCUCGGCCGACUCUCAUGUGUGUGUGUAUGUGUGUGUGUGUGUGUGUGUGUGUGUAAAUGUGGGAGUAACUCUCUCUUUGUGAGUCAGAGUUUUACACCUGCAGAAAAAAGAGCUGGACCGUUAUAAAAGAGGAGCUCUUAUAAAGAAGUUGGACAUUUCUGAGUGUGGGAGCGUCUUCAGUUGUUUGGACAGUUUCAAGAAUUAUAAAUAUGUUUUCAGACUCGACUUUUUUUUUAACUUGAUUAUUUUGGACCUUGGUGCUUUUCUGUUUUUUUUAGUUAAAGAUGGGGGAGUUUAGGGUCUUUACAGUCAGGCUGAAAUAACACAGAUCUUUACUGAUAUUCAAACGGUUUGAAUUGAUGUCCUAAAUGCAGGAGACAGUGGGGUCUUUCCCCAUCAUGCCUCUGUCCUUUUUCAUCAAACCUAGCUAAAAUCAGACAGUCUGACGUCUCCGACUUAAAACUUAAAUCUUAAUUUUAUUACUUCACUGACUUGCAUAACAUGGACCUUGGUUUCUGGGAGUGAAAAUGUCCCAUCUUUCCAAAAAUGGAGACGCUUUCGUAGGAGAGGGGAAACUUCAGGAAUCUGAGGAUAUUUUUAAAAAGUCAGGACAGAGUUGGAAAGUUGAAAUAUUUCCAUAAAAGAGUAAAUAUGAUUUUCUGACAUUUUUAACUUGAUAAACAUUUUAAAAAACAAGUAAGCAGAGUAAACAGGUUUAAAGGCUUUCAGUUCUACACCUGUGGUUUUGUGCCAGAGUUGUGGGCUGACCCUCACCCUACUGACUCUGACUCCCACAGCUGCCUCCUCCCUGCUCUGUCUUGGUUUCUGUAUCCAAGUUUAAAAAACACAUUUUCCCGACUUGACUUUGGAUUUUUAUCUUUUUACUUUUGUCUUUCUCUGACCCAAAUAAUGACUUGCACCAUAUUUUGUGUAAACACUGACUUUAAGUGUCCAUUCUCUAAAGCUGCAAAAUCACGAGUGUUUGCUUUCCCAGAUGUUAAGCGUGGCGUCAGUCUGAUUAAAACUUGCCCCCCACUGUCUCUCUCUCUGUCUCUGUCUCCCUGCCUUCUGGGUUCAGUGUGUUUCAGUGUUGUAACCUGGAGAGUAAAUCCUGAGUGUUUCUGUCAGAGCAGCAUGAGGCUCUUAUUCCUGUUUCCUGCAGAAAGAAAGCAUGUGAAAAAUGCAGAAAGCUGAGAUUUAUGGAGGGAUUGUGUCAGCAGGCGCUGAGAAAUAACUGAGGAUCAGUCAGAGGAAAGAAACCUGAACUCGAACAUUUAUUAAUCUCUCUGGAGAGUUUGAGUCAAACUUCACAGUUUUCCAUCCUCUCUGGUUAACUGUCCUGCCCUCCCUCUCUCUUUUAGUCUGGUAUAUCAUUUCUGCUUCUGCUUUAAGGUUCAGACCCCAUCCUGCAAAUCUGCCUCUAUUUUCCUCUUAUAUUCAUGAUCUAAGGUCUUCCUGUGCUCCUCUCCCGCAGGCUCUGUUGAAGAUGGACUGCCAGGGACUCGUGGCGCGGCUCGUCAUGGACUUUGUUCUCCUGACCACGGCGGUGGAGGUGGCCGGACGCUGGAGGGAGCUCGCAGAGAGGCUCGCCAAGGUUUCACGGCAGCAGAUGGACGCGUAUGAGGCGCCGCAUCGAGACAAGAACGGAGUCGUGGACAGUGAGGUAUGUCAGCUUUUGAAAGAGUAGAUGAAGGUUUUAUUUUCUUUAUUGAACCUUUAUUUAACUGGGAGGCAAACCAAGACGAUCGCAGUCGCGUCACGUACAGUCAUGUCAAGGACCCAAUUGCAGAACAAAAAGUGAUUUAAUGAAAAAAUAACUAAAUAAAAAGCAACAAAAGCUCAGGACAAAAUGUACAAAAGGCACUGGCAGAAAAAAUCACAAGGAGAUCACACUGGGGACACUGGGGACACUGGCAUACAGGCACACACAUACACACAAUGAACCAACAAACAAACAGGGGAAGACAAGGACUAUAUAUACACACAAGGAAACGAGCAACGAGAGGCAGGUGAGACACUGAGACACAGGUGAGGACAAUUACAGAGGAGGGAAAACUGAGGAAGUAAAACAAGACUAGAAACACGGGGAAUAAACUACUACAAAAUAAAACAGGAAACACUGAAAACUGGAAUAAAACACUGAGAACAUGAGGGAAAUGGGGUCAGACACAAACUCAAAAUACACUCCAAGGAAACAGAUCAUGUGACCUUUGCCUUCUCCUUUCUCUGCAGGCGAUGUGGAAGCCAGCGUACGACUUCCUCGUCACUUGGGCAGCUCAGAUCGGGGACAGCUACAGAGACGUGAUCCAGGAGCUCCACCUGGGUCUGGAUAAGAUGAAAAACCCCAUCACUAAACGCUGGAAGCACCUGACCGGCACGCUCAUCCUCGUCAACUGCUUGGACGCCCUGCGGAGCUCUGCCUUCAGCCCCGCCUCUCAGGAUGACUACGCCAUCUAACCCCGCCCCGCCCUGCCCUGCCCCUCCCUCCUCACCAGCUCACCCCGCUCUCUCUCUCUCUCUCUCUCUCUGGGAGACUCUUUCUUAGCCCGUCUGCAGAGGUGGUAUUUUUGUACUCUUCUUACAGCAUUUUAUAAAACUUCACUUUGAACGCUUUGGUUACAAACUGUGGAUCCAACCAAGACACUUUUUAAAAAGAGACACUUUUUAUUAUUAUAAUUAUUAUUAUCAUAUCCUGGUCACACGUGUCGAAGCUGUUUUAUUUAUUUCUACAAAAAAAGAGAAACGUCACUUCUUCCUCUUCUUCAGGUUCUCUCUGUGGUCCUCUUCAUUUCACUCGUCCAAAUACUCUCAAUCUUUAAAGGAACGUUCUGGUAUUUACAGCCUCUUUACCUGCUGCAGGAUGAAGAAAUCUUCUGCAGAUAUUCAGAAACCCUAAGUCAUUUCAACUUUAAAUGUUUUAAAAUGAAUCACAGGCUAAAAAAAUAACAGAACUUUCCUUUACAAGCUGCCAAGAAAACAGAAGCAUUUCUUAAUUUUUACAGGUUUACUAAAACUUUCUCUACUGGUGCCAAAAAAUGACAGAGGUCUUCAACAAAAUGAAAAAACGCUAACAGGUUAAACUGCUGAAUUUGGUACAAGAAGCAUUUUAAAGGUCUUUAAUUCAAGCGUCUUAAAUUUCAGAGAUUACUGCUCUUGAGAUUAUCUUCACUGUGAUGAGUUUUCUGGAUUAACUUCUUCACUUCUUCUGGUUCUGACAGCAUCAUCACAUGGUCUUCAUCAGCAGAUUCGGUUUACUCAUCUUUAAAAGGAACAUUUUAAUCAGCAGCUACUUCUCCACCACGUCACUAACGGUGGAUUUAAACUGUUUUUAAGGAAAUUCCACUCCAGCAGAAAAAGUCCCAGAGUCUGUCUCCACAUACCAAGUGCGAGUAAAUUCAAUGUCUCAACUUGAGCGGAUAUUCACAUCGUGAUAACCAAUCAGUUCAAAGGUUGCUGGGUGACGUAUGAAAACAGAUGGUUUUUCACUGGUAUCUAAAACGGAGGAUCGUGUUGGUGUCUGGGUACCCCGAAUCAUACGAUACGUUUUCUUUCAAUUACUAAAAACCACAAUGAAAAGGAGCUCGCCUGGAGGCAAGUGAGUGAGAAGGUCGGAUUACCUGGUAAAUUGUAAAAAACUUUUGUCUAUCACUUGAUCCCAGCGGUUGAAUUGGCAGGGAUUACCGCUGAAAUUAGCGAGUAAAUACUAUUCAUUCAUGCGUCUCGAUUCGCAGGAAUUAAGUGAGUUAAUGAUUUUACUCCAGCUUGUUUUAUGGGGCGCUCACACCAAGCUUAAGUAUUAAUCUAGAGUUCAGGAACUCUAGGUCUGACUGAGGUGGAUACAUGGAAGAGAAAGUCACACACUUGUCACUCAAAGUGGCCACACCCCCUUAUUUUCCACAACUUGAAACCUUAAUCUAAUUAAAAUGUGUACUUUAAAAUAAUUUUACUACAAAAUGAAAACAAAGAAAUGAGCCCAGACUGUGUUUUAUUUCAGGUUCUGAAGAUGUUUAUUUCUGCUGUAAGGUUUUAACAUGGGGCUCUACUGGAACUUACUCACUGCCGGUCAUAGCCCCUAGUGGACAGGAGAGGAACUGCAGCUUUUUUUACUCUUUUUGAGGUUCUUCUUGGUCUUCAGCUCCCAGUAUCUUUUUUUCUUUGUAAUUUUCCAUCAAGAGCAUGAUAGAAAGAAUCUCAACGAGAGUUAAAUCCUAGUCUGUCACUUUCUGUCUUAAUCUAAGUAAUAUCAGAUGGUCUAUAUCCAAAGUUUCUCUAGGCCAGAAGGAGUGUGAUGGAUUUUAAGCAUCUGAAACUUAUUUUAGACAUUUUUAAGCCCUUUUAAAAACUUUAGUUGAGUCGAAACUGUCAAACUCAAUCUGCUGAUGAAAUGACUAAAAGCCUCAGAACAGAUUGUUGUGUCAUUUAUAAAUCUAUUGAUUGAUUUAUAAAGUAAAAUUUCAGCCUUAUUUUUCAUAAAACAACCAAACCUCACUUUCUUUUCUUUUGCCUGUUUUUCUUCGUCCUGUUGAAGCUUUUUCUACCAAAGUUUGCCAAAAAUCCUCACUGAUCUGUCACGUUGUCAUCGUUUGACCAUUGUUUUAUAUCUGUCUGUCACGGCUUCUGUUCGCUUUGUCUCAGCGCUGCAUACUGUAGUGAGUUUGAACCUCUUUGUGGCUGCAGACUUCUGUGGAAAAGACUCUGAAUAAAUAAAAUGUAAAUAUUUGUACACA